AUGGACCUGCCGGCCGUGCUCGCCUGCCUGGACCGCCUCGCGCCCCUCGCCUUCGCCGAGAGCUGGGACAACGUGGGGCUGCUGGUGGAGCCGAGCCCGCCGCACACCGUCCGCACGCUCCUGCUGACCACCGACCUGACCGAGGCCGUGCUGCAGGAGGCCCUGCGCGCCAAGGCCGACCUGGUGCUCGCCUACCACCCGCCCAUCUUCCGGCCGCUCGCGCGCGUCACCGCGGCCACGUGGAAGGAGCGCCUGGUGGUGCGCGCGCUGGAGGGCAGGGUGGCCGUGUACUCGCCGCACACGGCCCUGGACGCCGCUCCCCAGGGCGUCAACGCCUGGCUGGCCAAGGGGCUUGGUGCUUGCACAUCAAGGCCGAUCCGUCCCUCCAGGGCCCCCUGCCACCCCACAGAGGGGACCCACCGAGUGGAGCUCAGAGUCAGGCCCACCCAGGACCUGCAUGCUGUUGUGUCUUCCCUGAAAGAAGCCAGUGGUGCUCCCGUCACUUGUGUCUCUGCUAGGGCUGAUGGCGAGGAGCAGGCGCAACUCAGCCUGAACUGCAGUCAGGAGGCCUUGUCCCGUGUGGUGGCCUGGCUGGCCCAGAACAGUGUGCUCUACGAGAAGACGGAGAUUCUGGCUCUGGAGAAGCCUUUGCUGCUGCAGACUGGGAUGGGCCGGCAGUGCACGCUGGAUGAGCCCGUGAGCCUGGCUGCUGUGAUUGAGCGGGUAAAGACACACCUGAAGCUGCGCCACGUGCGGCUGGCGCUGGGUACAGGCCAGACCCUUGAGUCCCAAGUCCAAGAUGUGGCCCUGUGUGCUGGCUCCGGGAGCAGCGUCCUGCAGGGGGUACAGGCCGACCUGUAUCUCACAGGCGAAAUGUCCCAUCAUGAUGUCCUGGAUGCCACUUCCCGAGGAAUCAGCGUCAUCCUUUGUGAACACAGCAACACUGAGCGAGGCUUUCUUUCUGAGCUGCGAGACCUGCUGUGCGCGCGCCUGGAGAAUAGGGUGCAGGUGGUGUUGUCUCAGUGUGACCGGGACCCUCUCUCUGUGGUGUAGAGACCCUGUCUCAGAAGACCAAACCAAGAAACUAAACAGUUUGAGCUUGCCAGGACCCAUGGCUAGCAAUGGGUUGAGGCCCACACUCAGCCAGCAUGCUUAACUGUUUCUGAAGUGCAUUCAUAGCAAAGCUCGUGUGAGCGGUGUGGGCAUAAUCCAAUUUUUU